AUGGCAUCCUCCUUCAUCGACGAAGUGACCAAGCUAUGGCGUGUGCGCAAAACAGUCUUCCAAAUGCUCAGUGAUCGUGGAUACUACGUGUCCUCGAAGAGUUUAGAAGAGAAGAAAGAAGACUUCGAGAAACUCUGGAAGGAAGCGCAGGACCAGGGUCAGGGCCGUGAAAGGUUCUUGAUCUUGGUGCACCAUCAACAUCAAACGGAGCGACAGUUGAUUGUGUUCUUCCCAGAUGAAAACAAGCGUGUUGGGGUCAAGCCAAUCAGGAUCCUCGCUGAAAAGAUGGAUGAGAGGAAGAUUCGAGAAGCCAUUCUGGUGGUAAAGCAGCCGCUAACGCCUUUGGCACGAACUGCCAUACAAGAAGCAAGUGCCAAGAUGAGGAUAGAAGUUUUCGCGGAGAACGAACUUAUUGUCAACAUCACUCACCACGAGCUGGUCCCAAAGCAUGUGCCACUCUCAGAUGAGGAGAAACAGCAGCUGUUGAACAGGUACAAGAUGAAGCCAUCACAGCUUCCCAGGAUCCAAGUGUCAGAUCCAGUUGCCAGGUAUUUCGGGAUGCAACGUGAUCAG